GGCUAUCUUAUUAUGUCUGAGCAGAGGUUUUCUCACUGUGUAAAUUAGGUUUUUUUUUUUUUUUUUUUUUUAAAUUAUAAAUUUUGUUUCAAUUUGGUUUCCAAAACCGGCAAUGCUUUCACCGACUUUCUUGUCACCUGGAAUCGGUGUCAAUUUUUCUCAGCCACCUUCUGUUUUCGCCAUUCAAACAUCCAAAUCAACAAGCCAGAUAAAGAGCUCGGAUUCAAAGAACCAUAAACGACAGCGGAACGCUACGAAUUGUCGUUGCUUUUCCUGUGGAAAUCCAUAUUCUAUAUACGAUUUCCAGAGUAUAAGAAAUGUACCCACCUCCCUAGAAAACCCAGAUGCGGAAUUCUCUGAAAAUGAAUCAUUUAUUCAAAGCCUCCGUCCCUAUCUGAUUGCGUUUUGGCUUCAGUCAUGUCGUAGUCCAAAAGAUGUCAGGAGAAUACAUUCGGUUGUCAUAAAAUGGUUGAUAAACCCGGUUACUUAUGUCUAUAAUAACUUGAUAUGUGCCUAUUUGAGAUUUGGGAAGCUAAGUGAAGCACGGAAUGUGUUUGAUAAAAUGACGGUUAGAAAUGUGGUUACUUGGAGUGCUCUUAUUAAUGGUUACUUGAGCCUUGGUUUUGAAGAUGAAGCUUUGAGUUUGUUUGCUGAUUCUAUUAAAAAUGGGGUCCAAGCAAAUGGGAAGAUGUUUGUGUGCAUCUUGAAUCUUUGUAGUAGGAUGUUGGAGUUAGAGCUUGGGAGACAGAUUCAUGCUUGCGUUGUAAAAGGUAGCUGGAGGAACUUGAUUGUUUCCAGUGCCAUUGCAAAAUUCUAUGCGGACUGCGGGGAUCUAAGCAGCGCUUUUCGUGAAUUUGAUCAAAUACCGAAUUGGGAUGUCGUUUGUUGGACAACUAUGAUUACUGCUUGUUCCCAGCAGGGACAUGGACAGAAAGCUUUUUCUCUCUUCUCUCAGAUGUUAAGUAAUGGAUAUUCCCCUAAUGAGUUUACAGUUUGUGGUGUUCUGAAGGCGUGUGGGGAAGAAAAGGAACUAAAAUUUGGGAGACAAUUACAUGGUUCCAUAGUUAAGAAGAUGUACAAAAAUGAUGUUUUUAUAGGCACUUCUCUAGUGGAUAUGUAUGCAAAAUGUGGGGAGAUUUUAGACGCCAGAAAAGUGUUUAAUGGAAUGAGGAAUAGAAACACAGUUACAUGGACAUCUAUUAUAGCAGGAUAUGCUCGGGAGGGGCUUGGCCAGGAGGCUAUAAACCUCUUCCGAGUGAUGAAGGGUCGGAAUAUAUUUGCUAACAACUUGACCAUCGUGAGCAUCCUUAGAGCUUGUGGCACAAUCAGAGAUUCACUUAUGGGGAGGGAAGUACAUGCACAAAUAAUCAAAAACUCUAUUGAAACCAGUUUAUACCUGGGAAGUACACUAGUGUGGUUCUACUGUAGAUGUGGGGAGUCCUCUAAUGCCACCAAGGUCCUCGAACAAAUGCCUCUCAGAGAUGUUGUCUCAUGGACAGCCAUCAUUUCGGGUUGUGCUCAUCUUGGACAUGAGUCUGAGGCUCUCGAGUUCUUAAAAAAGAUGACAGAUGAGGGUGUGGAGCCAAAUUCUUUUACUUAUUCAUCAGCCCUGAAAGCAUGUGCUAAGCUGGAAGCUGUUCUGCAUGGGAAAUUGAUUCACUCAUCUGCAAAUAAGACCUUAGCGCUGUCUAAUGUCUAUGUGGGAAGCGCUUUGAUUAAUAUGUAUGCAAAAUGCGGAUAUGUAGCAGAGGCAAUUCAGGUUUUCGACAACAUGCCAGAACGGAAUUUGGUUUCUUGGAAGGCUAUGAUAGUGGGUUAUGCAAAAAAUGGGCUCUGCCAAGAGGCUUUGAGGCUCAUGUAUCGGAUGCAAGCAGAAGGAUUCGAGGUGGAUGAUUACAUCCUUGCAACGGUUCUCACUGCUUGUGGAGGUGUUGAAUGGGAUGUGGACUCUUCAUCUCAGUUUAUCUUGCAGUCCACUUGAGCUAUCCACCUGAUAUUGAAUUCAGAUUUUCAGAUCGAAUGAGUAAAAAAAAUCAAGUGGACAGGAGAUGAUAUAUAUAUCGAUAUAGGAAGCAUGCAAUUCCUUGGUGAAAGAUUUGUACAGUUUGGUACUGGGGGAAGAAAGAGACACGUCUCGGCUUGGUAACUUCUUUCCUUGUCAAAGCCAUUUGUUUAGAAGCAUGUAAUGUUACUGUACAACGAUGUUCCUUGUGUCAGCUAUUUGUAAAUGUACAUUCAUUGUAACAACUAACAAGCCCAAUCGUUUCACUUCUUGUGCUUCUGUGGAAAACGUUGCUUUUCCUAAAUUUAUGGUUUUUUUUGGAUAAAUAAUUUUAAUGGGUUAUUCCGCAA